AAGUGAAAAAAAAAGUGAGAAGUGCUGUCAAGCACAUAGCGGUAUCGGCAAGUUAUUUCUGUUCUCUUUACAUUUUUUUUUAUUUGUUUUAUCAGUAGUCGUAGUUAUUAUUACUGCGGUUGUGAGUGUGAGUGUAUUUUUGUGGACACUCUGGGCGGACAGUCCAGCCAUCCCCGGCCGCCGAGUUUCCACUCCGCUGCAAACGGUUAAGGUUCCGCGGCGGCGCCAUUGCGGCCCGAAAGGUUGGUGUGACGUCAGCGACCCAGGCCUCUUCGGGUUCUUCAGGGAGAGACCCGUCCCGUCCCGCACCGCACCGCACCGCACCGCACCGCAGGCAGCCGCGAGCUCGGACACAGCGCGCGCCAUGGGGAACGUCCAGCCGACCAUCGUGCCCUAUCCGGAUUUCGAUGUGGUGGCGGACAUCAAGGCCAUCCGCAAAGCCUGCAAAGGCCUGGGGACUGACGAACAAGCGAUCAUCGACAUCUUAGCAAACCGCUCAUCUGCCCAGCGCAUAGAAAUUAAAAAAGCGUAUUUUGAGAAAUACGAUGAUGAGCUGGAGGAGGUUCUGAAGAGCGAGCUCUCGGGCAGUUUUGAGAAGGCCAUCAUCGCCAUGCUGGACCCGCCGCACAUCUAUGCCGUCAAGGAGCUGAGGAAAGCCAUGAAAGGAGCAGGCACGGACGAGAAAGUCCUUGUCGAGAUCCUUUGCACUGCCUCCAACGCGGAGAUUGCAACUUAUAAAGAUGCCUACAUGCAGGUUCACGAGAGAGACCUGGAGGCCGACAUUGAGGGAGACACCAGCGGGGAUGUGAGGAAGCUGCUGGUUUCCCUCCUUGAGGGUGGCAGGGACGAGAGCUAUGAGGUAGACGAAGCUCAGGCCGAACAGGAUGCCGUUGCGCUAUUUGAGGCUGGUGAAGGCCGCUUUGGGACAGAUGAGUCAACAUUCAGUUAUAUCCUGGCUCACAGGAACUACCUGCAGCUGCAAGCCAUCUUCAAGAUAUAUGAAUCACUGUCAGGGACAGAGAUUUUAGAUGCUAUUGAUGAAGAGACAUCUGGAACCCUGAAGGAUUGCUACGUCACUCUGGUUCGGUGCGCAAAGAACCCACAGCUGUUCUUUGCCCGUCGCCUGAAUGCAGCCAUGAAGGGAGCCGGUACUGACGAGGACACGCUCAUUCGCAUCAUCGUGUGCCGCUCCGAGAUCGACCUGGAAACCAUCAAGGACAUGUACCUGGAGAAGUAUGACAUGUCCCUGAAGGACGCUGUGUCCUCCGAUUGCGGUGGGGACUUCAAGCGCCUCCUGCUGGCAAUCCUGCAAUGAGUCACUGAGUUGCGUUUCAGUAGGGCAGCAGAUGGGAGGCGACCCCUCAUGCUGAAGGGGGGUAACUUUACUCACUAAACACUCCAGCAGUUGUCCAACACAGAAAGUGCUGUUGCAUGAGGUGCAGGUGGGCCUUCAGCUCAUUGCAGACCCUUUAACCGCUACCCUUUAUGUGUAAGUACAUUGUGGCUUGGUAUUCAAACCAACAGGUUCCUGAUUAAUGUUUUUUCCAUUGUUUUUUUAGGAGUCACAUGGCUUUCUUUUAUUGAUUAAUGUCAGAAUAGAACUUGGUCACAGCAACAUACAGAACAUUAUACCCAUAGUGGUUAGAGCCACCCCUUUUGGCCUCAAAGGACCAAGUUCAUGUCCCGCCCCCUGUAAUAGUACCGUUGAUCGCGGUACUUAACCCAGAAUUGAUACAGCAAAAAUUACCCAGCUGCAUAACUGAGUAAAUCAGUGUAAGCAGCAUAAAAGUGUAAGUUGCUCUGGAGAAAAAGCAUCAGCUAAAUGAAUCAAUAAAUACUUGUAUCCUAUCCAUGUGUUAUUCAGGCCAGAGGAGAAUUAAACUACAAAUACAACACAAGGUCAAAAGGUUGUAGAAUUGAGCAGGGAUGGCCAUGUAGCACUGCAUAAGGAGUUCCAAAAGGAUGACGAGACAUUCCAGAAUUAGUCUGAAUUAUCAUGCAGUUUAAAUGUUAAUAGUUCU